AUGUCCGCUGACGGGAAUACUAACCCCUUCAAGUAUUUUCUAGCUGGUGGUUUCGGUGGUGUGUGCACAGUGUUAGUGGGUCAUCCAUUAGACACUAUUAAAGUUAGAUUACAAACGAUGCCACCAGCUCAGUUAGGUAAAAUACCUAUUUACAAUGGUGCCUGGGAUUGUGCAGUUAAAACUAUUAAGAGAGAAGGUUUUUUUGGUUUAUAUAAAGGUAUGGCAGCUCCAAUAACUGGUGUAGCUCCAAUAUUUGCUAUAAGUUUCUUAGGAUUUGGACUGGGGAAAAAAAUGUUUUCAUCCACUGGAGAUAAAAAAGAAAAUUUAACUCCCUCACGACUAUUUUGUGCUGGAGCAUUUUCUGGUAUUUUUACAGCAAUCAUAAUGGUACCCGGAGAACGCAUUAAAUGUAUUUUACAAGUACAGGAAUUGGGUAACCAAAAAUAUGAUGGCCCAAUCAGUGUUAUUAAAAACUUGUACACUGAAGGUGGAAUAAAAAGCUUAUACAAAGGAACAUGCGCUACAUUACUUAGAGGUAAUUAA